UAAAUCAGAUGUGGAUGAUGAAUUCAAGGAUCAUCUAGAGCGAGCCAAAACAUGGCAUCAGAUUUCUGUUAUAGCACAGGCCAAUGAGAGUCUUGCCCAAUAUGGCCGACCCAGGACGACCCCCACCAAGGUCAAAGUUCUCCCUGGUGCCAGCUCAUCCCAACAGAGGACCCCAGUCAACAAGGAGCGCUUGUUAGUGAUUCCAGAAGUAGACCAGCGCAGAGACUAUGCUGGAUUCGUGUUACAACAGAGAAUGGAUAACAUUGAUGUCCGACAUAAGACUGAGGUCAUGAAACUUUACCUGCCCUACAUACAGACCACACCCUCUUCUUGAGAGAGAUCAGUGGAAGGAAAAAUCCUGAUAAGGCACCAUAAAAAGACAGGUUAAUCAUGAUGGAGACAAUUUUUUGACAGAUAAAAAGGAGAGAUCGUAAUUUGUAACCUAAAAAAAACUUGUGCUAAUUCAGUCUUGUAGGUGUAAAAACACUUUGUAACUAUUAUAUAAUUAUUAUUAUAUUAAAAAGCAAGUUCAUCACACUGAACU